AUGUCCCAGGACAUAAAGUUAAAACAGAAAAAGUUUUUCAAUAUACCAAAGAAAACAUUUGCUGUUGUUGGUAUUGAUCCUUUGGCGGAUAAGAAGGAGCGCAUUAUUAAAAAUCCCAUUAUCUGCUGUGGCUACUAUGUAUUGACCUUCAUCUUCGUCUUGGCUUGUAUUGAUUUUAGUGUUAAGAAUUUGGAUAAUAUGAAUGAAUAUACUACAAUAUCGGUUCUAAAUCAAUUGAUUAUAGUUUUAUGGAAAAUUGCCGUAUUUUGGAUAAAACGUCAGAGGAUUUGUAAAUUAAUCAAGGACAUUUGGCAGUGGAAUGAAAAUGUAAAUGCCGAAGAAUUUCGCAUAAUAGAGAAAAUAGGCACUAAAACCGCUAUGAUUAGUAAAUGGUAUUAUUUAGCAGUGGGAGCUGCUGGUCUCAUUAGUUUAUUAAGUCCUCUGAUAACAAAACUUAUAAGACUUUUGCAAGGAGUAGAGGGAGAUAUGGAAUUACCACAUCAAGCCACCUACUUGUGGAACAUCUCUACACCGUGGGGCUACAUUAUAGCUUUUCUGUGGGAUUAUAUAAUUGUAAAUUUUCUAUUUAAUGCUUCGGUGGCCAUUGAUACACUAUUCAUAUGGCUGGCGUCCAAUAUAAUCGUGCGUUUUGGCAUCUUAAAGGAACGUUUUAAAAGGGCGGCCCAACAAGAUGUACAAACUAUAACGAGUGUUAUUAUUAUAGAGAAUAUAAAGUUUCAUUCUUCUAUCUUGGACAUGGCUCAAGAGUUGGAUGCAAUAUUUGGUGAAAUUAUUUUCGUCAAGUCUAUAGUUAGUUGUACACAAAUUUGCUUUUUGGUUUUUCGUUUUAUGGGUAAAGAUAAUUCCUUGAUUACUAUCAGCUACAAUUUUGUAUUUUUGAUAGCAGUGGCUAUGCAAUUAUUUUUAUACUGCUACAGUGGUGAAUUGAUAAAAGAAGAGAGCCUUAACGUGUCCAUUAAUGUUUACGAAUCCUUUACUUGGUGUAAGUUAACAUUGGAAUGUCAGAAAAUGCUACAAAUGAUAAUGUUACGUUCCCAGAGAUGUGCUAAUAUACAGGGAUUAUUUUUCAAUCUAAACUUGAGUUUAUAUUUAUGGUUUUUUAAAACUGCCGGUUCUUUGAUAGCUGUGCUUCAGACCAUAGAAGACGUUUGA